GCGUAUUUUAUAAAAAUUCAAGAAGCCAAAAAAGAUCCGAAAAUUUAAAUUUUCGAAAAAAAGUUAAUAGCAAUAAUUACUUUUUUGUUUUUGGUUUACAAUUAUUAUUUUAUGAUUAAUUAUUUUGCACUGUAGUUGAAGAGACAACAGAGGCAACGACAACAAUAAGAAAAUAUUGCAACAUAACCUCAAAACGCAAGUAAAGAAAAUCAUUGUGAUAAAAAAGGUUGUUAUCGUCUAUAUCGUCAUCAAUAAUUAUUCGCGAACAAUUAUAUAUAUAUAUACAUUCGCAAAAAAUUUUGCGAGUCAUUGAUUUCUCAAAAUGAUCAAUUUAAUAAAGUGAAAGAACAAAAUAUUUGCUUUUUAACCAAAAGCCAAUGAAAAUUUUUUUCGGAACAAACUAAAAAAAGGGAAAGAAAAUGGUAAACACUGGAUUACUCGUGCUGACAAGUCCAGUGAGGGCAAAAAAAUUAUUACCCGUUAUAAAGAAACAUGUUUUAAAAACACUCUACAUACAAUAUUUUCCCGAGAGGAAUAUUUUUAUUUCCGGUACAAAUUUAUUGUCAACGCAAAAAUGGAGGGGUCAUUGUUAUGCUCAAACAUUGGCAAAUAUUUAUGAAUUCGCCUCAUCAAUAUCGUCACGUUUAGAUGUACGUGUUUUGUUGUCGAAUUUAAAAAAUUCCAAUAUUUCCAUAAUACACACAAAACGUCCCGUGGAACUUGUCAUUUUCGAUGAGGCACACAAUAAAAAGGAGGCGGACACAUUUAUUCAGGAUUAUCUCUCAAAUACAUCAAUGGGUUGUAAUUUUAUCACAAUUGACGAGAAUGGUCAAGAUAGAUCGUCGUCAUCAACAUCGGAGAAUGAUGAUGACAAUAAUGGUCGAGAAAUGAAAAAUUGUGAUGAGAAAUUUUACAAAAAUGUCAUACUUGGUGGCACAUUCGAUCGUUUACAUAAUGGUCAUAAAAUUUUAUUGAGCGAAGCUAUUUUAUAUUGCAGUGAGAGAUUAACUGUUGGCGUGACCGAUGAGAAUAUGCUGAAAAGCAAAAUUCUUUGGGAAUUGAUUGAACCAUGCGAGCAGAGAAUAAUGGCGUUGAAAGAUUUUCUAGAAGACGUUGAUUCGAGUUUAAAUUACAAUCUAGUGCCAAUAUCGGACAUUUAUGGUCCGACAAAAGACGAUCCAAAACUAAAUCUACUUGUGGUGAGCGAGGAAACUGUUCGCGGUGGUGAAAAAGUAAAUCAACUCCGCCGAGAGAGGAAUCUUUCAAAAUUGGAUAUUCACGUGGUUAAAUUAAUGUCCGAUGAGCAAAGCGAUGAAAAUGAAGAUCCAAAAAUUAGUUCCAGUAAUGAAAGAAUACGAUUAUUGGGAACGAGACUCCGUCAACCUAAUUUAAAGGACAAAAUACUGAGACCAUAUAUAAUUGGAUUGACCGGAGGGAUUGCCAGUGGAAAAUCGUCAAUUGCGGAGAAAUUAGAAAAAUUAGGCGCCGGACAUGUGAAUUGUGAUAAAAUUGCUCACGAUCUUUAUGAACCGGGAAAAGAAUGUUACAAAUUGAUAGUGGAAAGCUUUGGCACGAAAAUUCUCAAUUCUGAACAAUUCAUCGAUCGAAAAGCUUUGGGAAAUAUUGUUUUUAACAAUAAGGAGCAAUUGUACAAACUAAAUAAACUUGUAUGGCCGGCUAUUUUGAAGGAAGCGAAAAGUCAAAUAAAUUCCCUUCACGAGAAAGGAGUUGAUAUAAUUGUCAUGGAAGCGGCAGUUCUGAUACAAGCAAAUUGGCAAAAUUAUUGUCACGAAAUUUGGACCUGCAUAAUACCCGAGGAAGAGGCCGUGAAGCGUGUUAUGGAACGAAAUUCAUUGAGCGAAGAAGAAGCAAAACAAAGAAUAACCGUUCAACCGAGUAAUGUUCAACAAAUAAAUGAGGCGAAUGUCGUCGUUUCAACACUGUGGAGUCACGAGGUAACACAAAAACAAGUUCAAAAAGCAUGGAACGAAUUAAUGAAUCAUCUUAAAAAAAUUCCUGAUAGCUAGUGAAUAAAAACAGAAAUUCCCACGAGGAAGAUAAAUUCAAGACUAAAAGAACAAUAUUCAUUAAUUCUUUUACAUUUAAACUAUUUUGAUGGAAAUUUUUAGAAACUUUUUACGUAAAGUUACUUUUUAGUAAAACAAGCAUAAAAUAUUUCCGUUUGUUUCAAAUAUCAAGCCAUUUAUUUUUUAAAUUUACAAAAAAAGGUGUAAUUUCUUCCAAUUUGUGUACAAUAAUGUAAAUAAUAAAACUUCUUAAAAUUGAA